GGCGGCGGGCGCGGGGCCCACAGGUGAGCGCUGUGGGCGAUGGGAUGGAUGAGGCCGAGCAGGACCAGCAUGAGGCCCGACUCAAGGAGCUGUUUGACAGUUUUGACACAACAGGCACUGGAUCCCUGGGACAGGAGGAACUCACCGAUCUUUGCCACAUGUUGAGCUUGGAGGAGGUGGCCCCGGUGCUGCAGGAGACGCUGCUUCAGGACAACGUCUUGGGCAGGGUGCAUUUUGACCAAUUUAAAGAAGCGUUAAUACUUAUCUUGUCUAGAACUCUAUCAAAUGAAGAACACUUUCAGGAACCAGACUGCUCACUAGAAGCUCAGCCCAAAUACGUUAGAGGUGGUAAGCGUUAUGGACGAAGGUCCUUACCUGAGUUCCAAGAAUCCGUGGAGGAGUUUGCAGAGGUGACAGUGAUUGAGCCACUAGAUGAAGAAGCUCGGCCUUCACACGUCCCAGCUGGUGACCACGAUGAGCACUGGAAGACGCAGCACAGCGAGGAGUACGAAGCCGAAGGCCAGUUGAGAUUUUGGAACCCAGAUGAUUUGAAUGCCUCACCAAGUGGGUCUUCCCCUCCCCAAAACUGGAUAGAAGAGAAACUGCAGGAGGUUUGUGAAGAUUUGGGGAUCACCCGUGAUGGUCACCUGAACCGAAAGAAGUUGGUCUCCAUCUGUGAGCAGUAUGGUUUGCAGAGUGUCGAUGGAGAGAUGCUUGAGGAAGUCUUCCAUAAUCUUGAUCCUGAUGGCACAAUGAGUGUAGAAGAUUUUUUCUAUGGCUUGUUCAAAAAUGGAAAAUCCCUUCCACCAUCAGCAUCUACUCCAUAUAGACAAUUGAAAAGACACCUCUCCAUGCAGUCUUUCGAUGAGAAUGGACGACGUGCCACAACCUCAUUGGCAAUGACGAGUACCAUUGGCUUUAGAGUCUUCUCCUGCCUGGAUGAUGGGAUGGGCUAUGCGUCAGUGGAGAAAAUUCUCGACACCUGGCAGGAAGAGGGCAUUGAGAACAGCCAGGAGAUCCUGAAGGCCUUGGAUUUCAGCCUCGAUGGAAACGUCAACCUGACAGAAUUGACGCUGGCUCUUGAAAAUGAGCUUCUGAUCACCAAGAACGGCAUUCACCAGGCGGCUCUGGCCAGCUUUAAGGCUGAGAUCCGGCAUUUGCUGGAGCGAGUUGAUCAAGUGGUCAGAGAAAAAGAGAAGCUACGGUCGGAUCUGGACAAGGCUGAGAAGCUCAAGUCUCUGAUGGCCUCAGAGGUGGACGAUCACCACGCGGCCAUAGAGCGCAGGAAUGAAUACAACCUCAGGAAACUAGACGAAGAGUACAAGGAGCGUAUUGCAGCCUUAAAGAGCGAACUCCGAAAGGAGAGAGAGCAGAUCCUGCAACAGGUGGGCAAGCAGCGUCUGGAACUUGAGCAGGAAAUUGAAAAAGCAAAAACAGAAGAGAACUACAUCCGGGACCGCCUUGCUCUCUCUUUAAAGGAAAACAGUCGUCUAGAAAAUGAGCUUCUGGAAAAUGCAGAGAAGUUGGCAGAGUAUGAGACUCUGACAAACAAACUUCAGCGAAAUUUGGAAAAUGUGUUAGCAGAAAAGUUUGGCGACCUUGACCCCAGCAGUGCUGAAUUCUUUCUGCAAGAAGAAAGGCUGACGCAGAUGAGAAAUGAAUAUGAGCGGCAGUGCAGGGUAUUACAAGACCAAGUGGAUGAGCUCCAGUCUGAGCUGGAAGAAUAUCGUACACAAGGCAAAGUGUUCAGACUUCCCUUGAAGAACUCGCUGUCAGAAGAACUUGAUGUUAACAGUGGUUGCAUUGAGCCUGACCGGGGGUUUGGUUCUGAAGAGUGCAAUCCACUGAAUAUGAGCAUCGAGGCAGAGCUGGUCAUCGAACAGAUGAAAGAACAGCAUCACAGGGACUUGUCUCGCCUAAGACUGGAGCUUGAAGAUAAAGUGCGCCAUUAUGAGAAGCAGCUGGAUGAAACCAAGGUCGCCUGUGAAAAGGAGCAAGAGAGCAUGAGGCAGAAGUAUGAGAAUGAGCUGCACAUCUUAGAAAAGCAAAGAAGUGACCUUAAAAAAGAAAUCGCAGAACUUCAAGGCCAGGCAGCGGCCCUCAAGGAGGCACAACAUACAAUAACCUGCAGACACGAGGAGGAGAAAAAACAACUGCACGUGAAGUGGGAUGAGGAGAAGACUCAGCUGCAGGAGAGGCUGAGGCUGGAGCACGAGCUGGAGCUCGAGGCUCGACUGGAGCAGGCAGAGGAAAGCUUCACCCGGGAGAGGGAAGGACUCGCUCAUGACGGCGCCUGGACAGAGGAGAAGGUGAGAGACUUGACUCAGGAGCUAGAGCACUUCCACCAGGAGCAGCUGGAAAGCCUGGUGGAGAAGCACACUCUUGAGAAAGAGGAGUUGCGAAAAGAGCUCUUGGAGAAACACCAAAGAGAACUUCAAGAGGGAAGGGAAAAAGUGGAAACCGAGUGUAAUAGAAGAACCUCUCAAAUAGAAGCCCAGUUUCAGGCUGAUUGUCAGAAAGUCACACAGAGAUGUGAGAAUGCCCUGCGAAGCCUGGAGGGGCACUACCGCCAGGAGCUGAAGGAGCUCCUGGAACAACAGCACGAGGAGAGAUCCCAGUGGGAGUUUGAGAAGGACGAACUCACCCAGGAGUGUGCAGAGGCCCAGGAGCAGCUUAAAGAGACUCUCCAGAGGGAGAAAGCAACUUCUCUGGUCCUGAGCCAAGAGAGAGAGAUGCUGGAGAAAACAUACAAAGAACAUUUGAAUAGCAUGGCUGUUGAGAGAGAACAGCUACUCAAAGACCUGGAAGAUCUAAGAAAUGCCUCUGCAAGUCAGCAAAGCCUGCUGUCCGAUCAGAUACUUGAGCUGAAGAGCAGUCAUGAAAGAGAGCUGAAGGACUGUGAGCAGGUCCUGUGCCAGGCAGGUGCCUCGGAGCAGCUGGCUGCCCAGCGGCUUGAAAGGCUACAAAUGGAACAUGACCAGGAGAGGCAGGAAAUGAUGUCCAAGCUUCUGGCCAUGGAGAGCACCCACAAAGUGACCUGUGAGAAAGCAGAGCAAGAGAAGGCUGAGAUGAGCACAGAAAUCUCCAGGCUUCAGAGCAAAAUUAAGGAAAUGCAGCAGGUGGCAUCUCCUCUCUCCAGGCUUCAGAGUGGUGGCCAGGCAAUGGGAGGGGAAGAGGCAGAAGGGAGCAGAGCCAUGUCCCUGCUCCAGCAAGGAGAGCAGCUGCUGGAAGAGAACGGAGGUGUCCUCUUAAGCCUGCAGAGAGCUCAUGAAAGAGCAGUUAAGGAAAAUGUGAAAAUGGCCACUGAAAUUUCUAGAUUGCAACAGAGGCUGCAGAAAUUAGAGCCAGGGUCAGUAAUGUCUUCCUGUUUAGAGGAGCCAACUACUGGAUUUUUUGGAAAUUCUGUGGAACAGACAGAGCCAUUUUUACUACAAAACCAAAUGAAGCAAGUAGAAGGUGUAAGCAUGCAACGCGUCCUAAGUGAGCUGCAGGACCGUGAGGUCCAGGACCUGGGGAGCACGGGGAUGAGCUCUGUUCAGAGACAGGACGUCAAAGUCGAGGAGUCGGAAGCAACAGUGGAGAGUUUUUCUGAGCUUGAAAAUAGUGAGGAGACCAGGACUGAGACCUGGGACCUGAAGAAUGAGGUUUGUCAGCUUCAGGAACAACUAAUAAUCUUACGUGCAGACUGCAAUCGAGCUUCUGAAAAGAAACAGGACCUACUUUUUGAUGUUUCUGUGCUAAGAAAGAAGCUGAAGGUGCUUGAGAGAAUCCCCGAGUCUUCUCCCAAGUACAGACUAUUGUAUGAGGAUGCUAGCAGAGAAAACGACUGUCUUCAGGAAGAGCUGAGAGUGAUGGAGACGCGCUAUGACCAAGCACUAGAAAAUAACAAAGAGCUCGCUUCGGAGGUUUUCAGGUUACAGGACGAGCUGAAGAAAGUGGAAGAAGUGACUGCAACGUUCCUCGGCCUGGAGGAGAGUUAUGAUGUGGUCAGAAGAGAGAAUGAGGAGCUGCACGUCCUGGUUCUGCGACUUCAAGGCAAGAUUGAGAAGCUGCAAGACAGAGCAGUGCUGCAGCGCGACUGCUGCUCUGUGCAGGAGGCCCAUGCAGACAGCGUGGCGGAGGAGCCUCGUGAGGACGCACUCGACCUACGUCAGGCCCUGGAGGGUGUGCCACAGGGCGUGAGCGUACACCACAUCGUAGAAGAACAUUACCAAGAAGGCCAGUACCUUGGGCAGGAGCAUACUCAGCUCCUGGAAGGAGGAAAAGCACGUGAAAUUGCCUGGCUACACAGAACCGUCCAGACACGUCGAGAAAAGCCCAGAGUACAGAACCAAGUUAGACUGGAGGGAAACGCUGCUCUCCUCGGCCUUCAGGACAAACGUUUUCAGCAUCAGGCCACCAUAGCAGAGUUAGAACUGGAGAAAAAGAGGCUGCAGGAGCUGACUAGAAAGUUGAGGGAGAGGGUCACCACUUUAGUUAAGCAAAAAGGUGCACCUUCUCAAGGAGAAAAGGAGGAAGAGCUGAAGGCAAUGAUGCACGACCUGCAGAUCACGUGCAGUGAGAUGCAGCAGAAGGUGGAACUCCUGAGAUAUGAAUCUGAGAAGCUUCAAGAGGAAAAUUCUAUUUUGAGAAAUGAAAUUACUACUUUAAAUGAAGAGGAUAGCAUUUCUAACCUGAAAUUAGGGAAAUUAAAUGGAUCUCAGGAAGAAAUGUGGCAAAAAAUAGAAACUGUAGAACAGGAAAAAGCUGCAGUUCAGAAGAUGGUUGAAAAUUUAAAGAAACAGAUUUCAGAAUUAAAAACCAAAAACCAACAGCUGGAUUUGGAAAAUACAGAACUUAGCCAAAGGAACUCUCAAAAUCAGAAAGAAUUGCAGGACCUUAAUCACCGUCUGGCAGCAAGGCUGCGGCAGAAGGAUAAAGAGCCAGGACACAGUACACUGGAGGAGUGGGAAGAGGAAAAGUCUCGUCUGAGAGAGGAACUGGAGCACUGUAAAGGGCAGUCCUCCACUUUAGUGUCUUCUCUGGAAGCAGAACUUUCUGAAGUUAAAAUACAGACUCAUAUUGUGGAACAGGAAAACCUCCUUCUCAAAGAUGAAUUGGAGAAACUGAGACAACUGGCAAAAUCCAAACUCUUAGAGCACAAAAUUGCUACCAUGAAGCAAGAGCAGAGGUCUUGGGAACACCAGAGUGAAAGCUUAAAGUCACAGCUAAUGGCUUCACAGGAAAAGGUUCAGAGUUUAGAAGACACGCUGCAGAACGUAAACCUGCAAAUGUCCCAGAUUAAAUCUGACCUACGAGUGACUCAGCAGGAAAAGGAGGCUUUAAAACAGGAAGUGAUGUCUUUACAUAAGCAACUUCAGAAUGCUGGUGACAAGAACUGGGCCCCAGAAAUAGCCGCCUAUCCAUCAGGAUUCCAUAAGGAGCAGCAAAGGCUGCCUUGGGACAAGCUGGAUCAUCUGAUGAAUGAGGAACAACAGCUGCUUUGGCAAGAGAAUGAGAGAUUCCAAACGGUGGUGCAGAACACUAAAGCAGAACUCACACACUCCCGGGAUAAGGUCCGCCAACUGGAAUCCAACCUUCUUCCCCCCAAGCACCAAAAACAUCUGAACUCAUCAAGUACUGUGAAGCCCAACGAGCAGGAGAAGUCGAGCUUAAAGAGAGAGUGUGAACAGUUUCAAAAGGAACCAUCUCCUACUAGCAGGAAGGUCAGUCAGAUGAAUUCCCUUGAACAAGAAUUAGAAACAAUUCAUUUGGAAAAUGAAGGCCUCAAAAAGAAACAAGUAAAACUGGAUGAGCAGCUAAUGGAGAUGCAGCACCUGCGGGCCCCUGUGAUGCUUAGCCCACGCCCUCACGCCCGGGACCAGCAGCAAGCCUGUCCGGUGGUGCCCCGGGAGCAGUUUCUGCAGCUUCAGCGCCAGCUGCUGCAGGCAGAACGGACAAACCAGCGCCUGCAGGAGGAGCUUGAGAACAGGGCCUCCGAAACCAGCACACCACAGGGAAACCAGGAACAACUGGUAACUGUCAUGGAGGAACGAAUGAUGGAGGUUGAACAGAAAUUGAAACUGGUGAAGAGGCUUCUUCAGGAGAAAGUGAAUCAGCUCAAAGAGCAACUCUGCAAGAAUACGAAAGCAGAUGCGAUGGUGAAAGAUUUGUAUGUUGAAAAUGCCCAGUUACUGAAAGCUCUGGAGAUGACUGAACAGCGACAAAAGACAGCAGAAAAGAAAAAUUACCUCCUAGAAGAGAAGAUUGCCAGCCUCAGUAAUAUAGUCAGGAAUCUGACACCAGCACCAUUGACUUCUACACCUCCCUUGAGGUCAUAGCAAAGCCAAAGGAUACGCUCUUAUUUGUGCACUGUACUGAAAUGGAUGGAACACUUCACUACCUUCUCUCAACAUUUUUUUUUAAAGAAAGAAAACCACCUUUAAUGGCUUAAAGUGAAGCCUAACCUAAAACUGCCAGCAACAGAGCUGGAGUCUCCAUUCAUUGUAAUUUGUUUUUCUAAAUAGACUGUAAUGAGAAUUGCAAACAAAUAUUCACUGUUCAAGUUAUUCCCAAGUUUUGAAUUUUUUAAAAAUAUUCUAAUAGCCACCAAGAAGGUAGAUAUAUGAUAAUUCAAGAACCUUAAAACCCCAGUUCUAAAUGAGUUUUUAAAAAUCAUUAUUAUGUACAAAUCUAUGUGUAAAUUUCAGAUGAUUCAAGUCUGAGAUCUGA